AUGUACCGUGCUACUGGUGGUCUUGAAAAUUCAGGAACUGUUAAAAUACAUGGCUGUUCUGUCAGUGAGCAAAGUAUCUGUCAGGCAAGAGCUGCUGUGAUGGUUUAUGAUGAUGCCAAUAAGAAGUGGGUACCAGCUGGUGGCUCAACUGGGUUCAGCAGAGUACAUAUAUAUCACCAUACAGGCAGCAACACAUUCAGAGUGGUGGGCAGAAAGAUUCAAGACCAUCAGGUUGUGAUAAACUGUGCCAUUCCUAAAGGGCUGAAGUACAAUCAAGCUACACAGACUUUCCACCAAUGGCGGGAUACUAGACAGGUGUAUGGUCUCAACUUUGGCAGCAAAGAGGAUGCCAAUGUCUUCGCAAGUGCCAUGAUGCAUGCCUUAGAAGUGUUAAAUUCACAGGAAGCAGCGCAGAGCAAGGUUACUGCUACCCAGGACAGCACUAAUUUGCGAUGUAUUUUCUGUGGGCCAACAUUACCUAGACAAAAUUCACAGCUACCUGCUCAAGUUCAAAAUGGCCCAUCCCAAGAAGAGUUGGAAAUCCAGAGAAGGCAACUGCAAGAACAGCAGCGACAGAAGGAACUGGAGAGGGAAAGAAUGGAGAGGGAAAGGUUAGAGAGAGAACGACUAGAACGAGAGAGGCUAGAGAGAGAGCGCCUGGAACAAGAGCAGCUGGAGCGACAGCGGCAGGAAAGAGAACACAUGGAGCGCCUGGAACGGGAGAGGCUGGAGCGCUUGGAGAGAGAGAGGCAAGACCGAGAGCGAGAGCGAGAGCGCCUGGAGCAGCUGGAGCGCGAGCAAGUGGAGUGGGAGAGAGAGCGCAGAAUGUCCAAUGCUGCUCCAUCUUCAGACAGCUCCCUGUAUAAUGCUCCACUUCCUGAGUAUUCCAGUUGCCAGCCUCCUUCAGCACCUCCUCCAUCAUACGCUAAAGUCAUCUCAGCUCCGGUGUCAGACGCCACUCCUGAUUAUGCUGUAGUGACUGCUUUGCCACCUAAUUCCACACCCCCUACACCACCACUGCGACACUCUGCGACACGUUUUGCAACAUCUCUAGGUUCAGCCUUCCACCCUGUUCUUCCCCAUUAUGCUACAGUUCCUCGUCCUCUGAACAAAAACUCUCGACCUUCUUCUCCUGUGAACACACCCUCUUCUCAGCCUGCAGCUUCGAAGUCCUGUGCCUGGCCUACUUCCAAUUUCUCACCCCUCCCUCCAUCUCCUCCAAUAAUGAUUAGCAGCCCCCCUGGCAAAGCUACUGGCCCACGGCCUGUCCUUCCUGUUUGUGUCUCCUCUCCUAUGCCCCAAAUGCCUCCAUCACCAACAGCACCCAAUGGGUUGCUAGACUCUGUAACAUACCCAGUGUCUCCACCGCCUACCUCAGGGCCAGCAGCGCCACCUCCGCCGCCACCGCCGCCGCCGCCUCCACCACCACCACCACCACCGCCACCGCCGCCGCUGCCUCCCCUCGCCUCACUCUCACACUGUGGAUCACAGGCUUCUCCUCCUCCAGGCACCCCUCUUGCCUCAACUCCCUCAUCCAAGCCCAGUGUUCUCCCUUCUCCCUCUGCAGCUGCCCCUGCCUCUGUGGAGACCCCUCUAAAUCCUGAGCUGGGAGACUCCUCUGCUUCCGAGCCAGGCUUGCAGGCAGCCUCUCAGCCGACCGAGACGCCAGCCCCACAGGGCCUUGUCUUGGGAUCACCUGCACCUCCACCACCACCCCCCCUCCCAUCAGGCCCUGCCUAUGCCUCAGCACUUCCUCCUCCCCCUGGACCUCCUCCACCACCUCCACUGCCAUCCACCGGGCCUCCUCCACCACCUCCACCACCCCCUCUUCCUAAUCAAGUUCCUCCCCCUCCUCCCCCACCUCCCGCCCCUCCCCUCCCCGCAUCUGGAAUUUUCUCUGGAUCCACAUCAGAAGACAAUCGCCCUUUAACUGGACUUGCAGCUGCGAUUGCAGGAGCAAAACUUAGGAAAGUGUCUCGGGUGGAGGAUGGCUGUUUCCCAAGUGGAGGGAAUACUGUGAGUGUGAACUUGGCCUCAUCCAAAGCAGAUGCUGGUCGUGGGAAUGGACCCCUUCCUCUAGGAGGUAGUGGCUUAAUGGAAGAAAUGAGUGCCCUGCUGGCCAGGAGGAGAAGAAUUGCUGAGAAGGGAUCAACAAUAGAAACAGAACAAAAGGAAGACAGAAGUGAAGAUGCAGAGCCUGUAACUUCUAAGGCCCCAUCAACAAGUACACCUGAACCAACCAGAAAACCUUGGGAGAGAACAAACACAAUGAACGGCAGUAAGUCACCUGUCAUCUCCAGACCCAAAUCCACACCUUCAUCACAGCCUAGUGCCAAUGGAGUCCAGACAGAAGGACUUGACUAUGACAGGCUGAAGCAGGACAUUUUAGAUGAAAUGAGAAAAGAACUAGCAAAGCUGAAGGAGGAGCUUAUUGAUGCAAUCAGGCAGGAACUGAGCAAGUCGAACACUGCAUAAAGAAGCAAACUAAGGAGGGACAGGACUUGAAUCUGGAGAAAAACAAAAAUUCCUACAAACAACUGUUAACAACCCCCAAAACUUUUAAGCUGUAAGAAGAAAAUGGAUACACAGGAGGGAAAAACCGCCAACCUCUGAAAGCCUUCAGACAUAGUGACUCUGGCAAUCAGCUGUCCCCUCCAGUGUGCUGCUUCUAUUCUGACCUUUACCACAGGAUGGAGAAUUGUAUUUGAGUUCCCUUAGCAGUACUAAAUCCGUCAGGCAAGAUCACCGUGCAUUGAAAUAUUUUCAUGUCUGGAUGAGUCUGCACGUUUUCCAUAAUCCAUUGCUAAAAUAAAGAUGAGAAAGGCUUAAGAGGCUUUUUUCCAGAGGGCGCUGAUGAAGAAUUUGAUUUAGUAAGUUCUGCUGUUGCAUUGUACAUGUUUCUCUCAGGUUUGUCUUCCUAUCAUAUUUGAUAUUCUGUGAACAGUUAAGAUCAUAAAGUAUGGAACAAACGGAAUUGUAUGUGCUUUCAAAGGGUGGUAUUUAUAAGAAAGGUCCUAAAAUACUUAGUCCCACUUGAGGGAUUUUAGAAUGAUAGGAACUCUCUCGGGUUAGCCUUCAUGCAAUUUUGUAGUUUAAAACAUAAAGCUUGUCCAGAAAGUAAAGAUUUAGAUGCCUUCCUAAAUUGUUACAAUGCUUUACCAAAUCUAUAACUUCUAUAUAACAAACAGUGAUCAAAUGUAAAACAUUCUAUUAUAGAUUUACUGUAGGUUUUCAACCUUUUUUAGACAUAUGCAUGUGGACAUUUUUAUAAUGUAAUUGCAAUCACCACAAAGUUAGCUUUUUUUAAUUACAGACAAUAAUGCAUGUCACACUAAUAUGUAGUGGCCUUUUCAAGGCCUAGUCCCAGGGAAAAUAUUUUGUAGAAUGUAUAGGGAAGUGGGAGGAAGGGAAGGAAUAAUUUUUUUAUUUAAAGUUAAUUUCUGCACUAUCUUUUUUUUCUCAAUUAUCUGCAUGAAUUAUAAUGAGAAAUAUUUUGUGACUUUAAUCAGUAAACAUGUUAACAAAACCAAGAACUUAAUCUUUUACAUCAUGUCUUCAGCUAUUUUAACUAGUAAUUUCAAUGGUCUGAAACAUGGUUCUGAGCUUCACAUGAAUUACACUGUGGAACUCAAAAAGUUUGAUCACUGAAUUUGGCUGUUAUUAUCACUAGGUCCCCCACAGUG